UGGUUAUUCAACAUGGCGGACGCGAGGAGUCUAAUGUACGGUGUCGUGAUGUCAGGAUGCAUACAGCUAAUACUUGGUACAUGCUCACCGGGAACUUUUGGUGAUUCCUGCUUCUACUCCUGUCACUGUGGAGACUCCUGUGACCAGACAACAGGAGUUUGUGGAGGUGACUGUGAUGCUGGUUGGGUGGGAGGAAGAGGAGAAAACUGUCAGAAAGAAAACGUAGCCUACAAUAAAAACGCAACAUCUCCUUAUCGACUGUUCCCAAGUGACCCUCCCUGGUCUGCAGACAACGCUGUAGAUGGGAACAGGGACCAGGAUGUGCAGGGAAACUCCUGCUUCCACUCUGCUGACAGCGUUCAAGCUGUGUGGACAGUGGACCUGGGACAGCAAUACAGGAUACAUGACGUCAGGAUAUACAACCGGGCAGGAUAUGUCACGAGGAUCCAGGAGGCUGUCCUGUCUUUGAGUAACAUCAGCUCCACACACGACACCACCUGCUACACCUUCCCAUCCAACAUCACAGAAGGCAACUCAGUCUUUGACGUGAAGUGUGACGGGAGGGCUAGAUAUUUGACCAUAACACACAAUACAACGACCCUCAAUUUGUGCGAGGUUGAGAUAUAUGUUUGCAGUCCAGGCGUUUUCGGUGAAAACUGCAGUAAUUUCUGCCAUUGUUCCAAUGAGCCCUGUCACCCAGUCAGUGGUGUGUGUCCUGCAGACUGUAGACCAGGGUGGCAGGGAGACAGGUGUGAUACAGUGUGUGCUGAGAACCAUUACGGUGUCAGCUGUAAAGACGUUUGCUCCAACCGGAGAUGUUUAGAUCCGUCGUCGUCAUGUGACCGCUACACGGGGACGUGUGACAGUGGGUGUACUUCCGGUUGGACUAAUGUUGACUGUGCUCAAAGGUGUUCUGGGUCGUAUGGGCAAAACUGCAGGGAACCCUGUUCUACCAGGAAAUGCAAGGGUAGCUCACCUUGUGACCACGUUACGGGGACGUGCGUUUCCGGAUGUCAGGAGGGAUGGAAGGGUAAAGAUUGUAAAGAAGCCUGUGACAGUCAACAUUAUGGGUCUAACUGUGACAAGACCUGUGCCUCUAGACACUGUGUGGGGAACUCUUCCUGUAACUCAACAGGGGACUGUGACAGGGGAUGUGAGACAGGGUGGACACUGGGCGACUGUACAGGUACCUGCCCACGAGGGACGUUUGGAGAGUUUUGUAAUUUCACCUGUCAUUGUGGAGAGACCUGUAACAGAACAACAGGGGUUUGUGAAGGUGACUGUGACCCCGGUUGGCUCGACGGAAAUGGAAAACUCUGCCAGAAAGAAAACGUUGCCUUCAAGAAACCAGCUGCAACUCUUGGUGCACUAUAUAAUGCACACUGGUCGGCAGACAAAGCUGUAGAUGGGAACCGUGACCAGGAUGUGUUCCACAACUCCUGUUUCCACUCUGCUGCUAAAUUUCCAAGCGUGUGGACUGUAGACCUUGGACAGGAGUACAGGGUACAUGACGUCAGGAUAUACAACCGAGUAAACUAUGUCAGCAGACUUCGUGAAGCUUUCCUCUCUCUAAGUAAUACCAAUUCGACCUCCAACAUUACCUGCUACGUAUUCCCCCCGGACACCCCAGAAACAUCGAACAGCGUCUACGAUGUGUCAUGUGAAGGGCGAGGAAGAUUCCUAACUAUCACACAGAACACAAGCUUUCUCAAUCUCUGUGAGGUCGAGACAUAUGUUUGCAGUCAUUGGUAUUUUGGUGAUUGUCACCGAGUCUGUCACUGUUUGAAUAGACCUUGCGAUCCAGUCAGUGGUGUGUGUCCUGGAGACUGCAGACCAGGGUGGCAGGGAGACAGGUGUGAUACAGUGUGUUCGAAUGGCACAUAUGGACAGAACUGCCGCAGCUAUUGCUCAAACAGGAGAUGUGCGGGAAGCUCGUCAUGUCAUCACGUGACAGGGUCAUGUGCUUCCGGAUGUCAAGCUGGGUGGAUCGAUGCUGAGUGUACACAAGCCUACUCGCAAUACGGAGAGGGAGACGAAGACGGAGGCGAAGACGGAACAGUAGUUGCAGCAUCAAUAUCUGUGGCAGUCUUCACUGUCCUUGUGGCUGUGCCCACGUUCAUCGGUGUUGUGGUAUGGAGGAGGAGGCAAAGACAUCCACAAGAGGACUGUCCAGCUGAUUCCCAUCACUACUACAAUACAACUCCUGCAGACACAGACAGAGCAGGAGAGUCUCAGGUCGCUGCUGAAGAUCCAGCCGACGAAAGAGGCUACGAAGGUCUCGACGUCAUGUCACGUGACAACAACCUGAACGGGAGGACGUACUGCUCAAUCGAGACCAGUAAAAUAGAGAAUUCCUUGUGUGUUUUUACAUCUGAUGACGUCGAAUCACGUGACGUUUAUGUUUCCACAGCAACUGACAUAUAUGAGACAAUCGAUAUACCCGAAAGCACACCACGUGACACAGCUGAAGGAUAUGUCAACAUAGGGAGUAUAUAACCGUCAAACACGAUAUUCCAAACAGAGGGCCGUUGUUUCCUUUACGGAUAAUUUGAAGCUAGACCCAAUAUACAGUAUGUAGAAUGUCACUAGUUCUUACCAUUGAGUAAGUGAGUGAGUUGUGUUUAACACCGCUUUAAACAGUAUUCGAGUCAUAUCAGCUUAAUGUGGGAGUAAAGACUGAAGUGGUGCAGGUCUUAGACGUUUA